AAUAUGAAGGAUGGUGACCUCUCCAUGAAACAAAAUGAAAAUGAUCUAUCACAAAUAACUCUCAGCCAACAUGCUGAUGGGCCUCUCAAGCAGAUACAAGAGACGGGGUACAACUAUGCAAUGACCCUACAACUGCUGGGCUUGGAUGACGGCACUGACCCCAGUGAUAGGAAUCCUGUUCUGAUGAGAGGGGCCUACUUGUCCUUUCUGUAUCUGCGCCACCUUCGAAUCAGAGAACUGCAGCGCAUCUGCUUAGGAAUUCUGAAUUAUUUCAGAUCUGUUGAGCGAACCCUGACAAUCAAUACUUCGGGCCUUACCUUGGUUUCAGGGAAACUGGUCCCCACCAUGGAAGAUAGUUCCUGGGUAAAUAUGGCAAAAGGAGGUCUGGGCACCUUGCAGGGCCUGGGCGCUCAACACUAUGUCCAUGAGACGCCUGCUGAGCACAAGGUCCACAGCGUCCAAUUCAUGGAGUUCUCGGAAGUGGAGAACCAGGAUGACUACUACAGCACAGAAGCCGGCUGUAUCCACACCCAGGACCAGCAAGGGGUGCAUGUCAUGUAUGAGGAAGCCUUGAGUGAUUUCAAGGAACUAGAGGCAGAGUUACUGCUUGUGGCUGGCCAUUACAUUGAGAAAGAAAGGGGUCACAAAGUGGGCAGCCAACCAAAGAGUGGCCAGGACUGGGGAUGGGCCCAUGCAGGUGUGGACAGAUUUGCUGUGCUGUAUGACACGUGGACUUGGGAAGCAGCUCUUCUGGAAAACAAGUGCCAGCUUCUUGACAGUUACUUUGAAGCCUACCAGCACACGUUGGACCCUGAGGAGAGGUUUGCUUUAGCACAAGUGAUGACGGACAUCAUGCACCGGCGCCCGAGGUUUGAUCUCAGCCACCCCUAUUUCAUUAAGGCCUUCCAAGAGGAAUGCACCUGCCUGAGGCUUCACCUGCAGUUAGUGAGGGGCAUCCUCAACCAGCAGAUAGAACGUCAGCAGGAGUAUGUCCAGAGGCUUUGGCGAGAGGAUCAUCUGGACAAUAGCAAUACAUUUGGACUUCCUCUUAAUAUAGUUUGCAAACAACUUAUUUCCAUCAACAAUAGCUGCCCAGCUUCAAAAAAUGUUUAUCUGCUGGAGUUCCACCCUUCCCUCAGCCUGGCAGCACUUAUCCCCAAAGCCCUAGAGCAUCUCUUCCAAGAGGCCUGCCAUGCCUGCAGACCCACAUCAGCCAGUGGCCUUGCCUCCCUGGAGCGACAUGUCCUGCAGCUGGCCCUGGACCUGUGGCUCACCCCAGCCACGCCUGAGGCCUGGUACAGUACACAGCUCCAGAAACAUCUGUUUUCAGCUAAAGUUAUGGGAGAUCCCUUUCUCGUGGGGGAGAUAGGCCUGCUGGCAUUCAAGUCUGCAGCAGACGAAGGGCAGAAACAAGGCCAAGACUCUCACGUGCUGCUCUUGGAGAUGUUUUCCAAACUUCUGGAACUCUUGACCCUCCGCCACCGGCUGAUAGAAAUAAGCCUGGAGAGUGCACACUUAGCUCGGCUCUAUAAAGAAUUGGCAUGGGAGAUGGGUUUUGAAGAGUUCCAUUUGUAUCUGAGGCCUGUUCACUUUGAAUUUGCAUCACACAGGGACAGGGCAGACCAGCCACCUCCUGUGUUCAUAACCUCUCUGCUGGAGGACAGUGGUCGGGUAGACAGAUAUUCUCCUACUGCUCUUGUCUUAGCCAUCUCUGAGGUGGAUGAUAACCAAAUUGGCAAAUUUAGUUUUUACACAAAGGAAGCCAUUCUUAAGCUCUUGCUGCAUUCAGGAGUGGAAAAUAUGCAGGUGACUCUUGCAUGCCAAGCUGCUCAGAAAAAUGCUUUGAUGGCAGCUGUCCAGCAGGUGUACUUCUAUUGCACCUCUCAAGGGAGCUGUCCUGCUAAUGUCAAGGUCAGCCUGCAUGACAGAGAAGCCAGAGGCAUCUCAUCACCCCCACCAGCUAAUGUCAGGCUGCCCCUUUCUUCCUUCCUUUUUUCCCUUCUCCCUUUCUCCCUUUCUUUCUCCCCUGCCCCCUACUUUCUCUUUCCUAUCUCUUUAUCUUCCUUACUUUCCUUUUUUCUUCCUUUCCUUGUUUCCUGUUUGUGA